CUGCAGGUAGUGCGCGGACUCACCCGAGGGGGCAGACAGGAGCUUCCGGUCCAGAGGUCUGACCGUCAUUGAAGCAGCAGAAGAAGAAGCUGGACUCUUCCACGUGAGAGGAGACAUGCCGCCGCCCGGAGGGAAAAUAAACAGACCGAAGACUGAACUCGCCAAGAACCUCUUCAAACGGCGGCGCGUGCUUGGCCGGGAGAAGAGGAAGAGGCACCUGAUCGUGGGCGCCGUGGUGGACCGGGGUCUCAUCACCGUGCACCACCUGAAGAAGAGGACGGCGAGCCAGCGUGCGAACAUCACGCUGUCCGGGAAGAAGAAGCGAAAGCUGAUCAAGCAGCUGCAGCACAUGCAGCGGGAUAAGGCGUCUGCAGGAGCCGAAGAAGCACCAACAAAGAAGCAGGCUGCGUCAUCUGAUCUGACGGAGAAGAAGAAGAAGAAGAAGAAGGGAGCAGCUGGAUCUGUGGCCGAUGUGGAGAUGGCCGACACAGAAUAAACACAGAGAACCCGAUGGAGAGAGAAGGUCCUCGGGCUGAAGACCAAAGACAAUUGUACAGAAGUUUGUUUGUCAAGGCUGAACCCGUUUCUGAUAAAUAUUGUGACUUUUGAUCUUUUGGGGUCAAACUGAGAAA